AUGUCCAAAAUCCGAAAUCUCACCACCGUGUCAACCUACAGUCUCGCGCACACGGCGCAAUGCAAAUUGAAACUCUCAGCCAAGCGCGGCGACCGCGAUCUGCGCUUCAUUCUCGGGCACGCAUUCACGCUGGACAACGUGAUGCUGCGGAUCAUGGAGAUUGAGAACCAGAGCGCCAAGUCGUCAUUCUUAGAGGGCCGACCCCCGAGCGAGGACGGAGACGUGCACUACGACUGCUCGGCCGCGAAGCCCGUCGAGCCAGAGGAGCACUACGACUGUUCGAAAGCAGCACCGGCCCCGGAACCAGAGCCUGAAGAGCACUACGACUGUUCCAAGCCAGCGCCGCCAGUCCCAGCAGAGCCCGACGCCAGAGGCCGCAGAAUCAGCUUCCAAGACAACAAUGCCCGCCCCUCGAAUACGUUCAGUGGAAACGGAUCGAACAAUGGCGGCAACUCCCCCGCUCGAAAACGUUCCCCUCCACCCGUGGCCCUCCCGUCCAAACCGGACUACUACCUCGACGACUCCGACUCGGACGGCACCUCGUCCGACGACUACGACGAACCGACCUCAUACGGACCUGGUGCUGGAGCAGCUCACGACCCCGCAAUAUCCCCCAACGCAAAACACCAAUCCACGCACGACGCAUACUCGGACUCAGAGGACGCGGCGCUCGAACUGGCCGACGACGAGCUAGACGACGACAUGAACGGCCUGUCACUGACACGGUUCGCAUCAGCAUCGGCGCAACCGCCACGCAUGAUUCGGUCGACCUCGUCGUCGUCUUCGGAGGACGACGACGACACCGGCCCCGUCUCGCCGCCGCAGUUGCCCGCCGACGUCGACGUGCGCGAGAUCAUCGACGGCGACAAGGACGAGGUCCUCGAGCGCCUCUACGAUGAUGUCCGCCGCUGCGCUUGUCAUGGCCUCGCGACCGAUCACGAGGUCGGGGCGAAACCGGUGGGAAUCUGGGAUGUCCCUGCUGAGAAAUCGGGGGGCAAGAGGUUGGCUGUUGUGGCUAUCGCUGCUUGA